GGGGACGGCUUAGCAGGUGUCUCCGGGCUCCUCCCAGUCCAGCGGUCAGUCAUGGAGUGGCGCUCAGAGGUUGUGCGGGUUCUGCUGGCGGUGCUCGGAGGAGCCGGGGCGGUGUUCUUCCUGGUGGGAUGGAUGAGGAAGAGGAAGAUCCGGGAGAAGAUAGAAAUCGCCCGACAGAGGAGAGAGACAAACCUCCAGAGGAUGGAGAUACAGGCCGACCGCCUCCAACUACAGCAACCUGUAGAUGAUCCGUUCACCAUCUUGGACCUCCCAUUGGCAGAUCUGAUUGAGAAGUUGCAGACGGGGGAGGUGACUCCGAAAACGGUUCUCUCCAUCUACAUGAAGCGGGCUCUGGAAGUGACCCAUCAGGUGAACUGCCUCACCGACUACCUACCCGAGUGUGAGGAGCAGCUGGAGAGACUGCAACACGAGACCGUCCGAGGCCCCCUGUACGGCGUCCCCAUCAGUCUGAAGGACAACUAUAACUACAAGGGACACGCCUCCAUGCUGGGACUGAUGAAGAACCUGGACCAUCUGGCCGGGGAAGACGCCGUCAUUGUUCAGGUGCUGAAGAGACGAGGAGCCGUCCCCUUUGUGAAGACCAACGUGCCGCAGUCCAUGCUGAACUAUGACUGCAGUAACCCCGUCUUCGGUCAGACCCUGAACCCCCUCAACCACAGCAAGACCCCCGGGGGCUCCUCAGGGGGGGAGGGGGCACUCCUCGCAGGAAGAGGAUCCAUCCUGGGCUUUGGCUCUGAUAUUGGAGGGAGUCUUCGCUUCCCCGCCGCCUUCUGUGGGGUCUGUACCCUGAAACCCACCGGAAACCGACUCAGUAAAGUUGGAGUGCAGUCCAGUUCCCCCGGACAGAAGUCAGUUACAGCGAUGGUGGGCCCGAUCGCCCGGGACGUGGAGAGUCUUGUGAUCGCCAUGAGGGCCCUGCUGUGUGACGACAUGUUUCAGCUGGACCCCACCGUCCCUCCCGUCCCGUUCAAUGAGAAGGUGUACUCCGGCACGGGGCCCCUCCGCAUCGGGUACUACGAGGAUGACGGAAGCACCAUGGCGACUCCAUCCAUGAGACGGGCCGUCCUGCAGACAAAAGAGCUCCUGGAGGCGGCCGGACAUCAGCUGGUACCGUUCACCCCUCCCUCCCUGGAAAGAGUCUUAUAUGAUCUGGUGAUGAAGGGGUUACUGGCAGACGGAGGAGCCACCUUCCUGGAGAACUUUAAAGGAAAUCUGGUUGACCCCAAUCUUAAGACUCAGGUUGCAACCUAUUCCAUCCCGUCUUGGCUGAAGAGCGUACUCUCUAUUCUCGUCAGACCAUUUUUUCCCCGAAUGGCAAAAAGUCUGCAGACCAUACGAGGUGUCAGUUCUGUGAAGGAUCUCUGGAAGCAGCACCAUGCGGUGGAGGUGUACCGCUGGGAAUUGAUCUCCCUCUGGAGGAAGGAGAAGUUGGACGCGCUCCUCUGUCCUAUUCUGGGCCCGGCUCUGUCCAUCGGAUCUCCUGGAAAGCUGUCAAGCGCCAUCUCAUACACGGUCUUCUUUAAUCUGCUGGACUUUCCGGUUGGCGUCCUUCCAGUUACCACGGUGACCAGAGAAGACGAGGAGGCGCUGAGGAGCUACCAGGGUCACCACAAGGACUUCUGGGACAGACUGCUGAAGAAGGCGGUGGCGGACGGUGUGGGGCUCCCGAUGGCGGUGCAGUGUGUGGCGCUCCCGUGGCAGGAAGAACAGUGUCUCCGUCUGAUGAAGGAGGUGGAGUCAUUGACGCGGAUGAAUCGUUAACGCAAUGCUGGCGCUCAGGGAUCCUCUGCGGAGUUCUUCUUCUGUAAUCUGAUCACAUGAAGAGAAAUCAUUACUAUUCUAUGUUAAUUGAUCCAUAAUCUCCCACAGCUCUGCCCCUCUCUGAACUUAUCAUAUAGAUCCACCCCUCUCUGAACCUGUCACUCAGACCCGCCCCUCUCUGAGCCUGUCACUCAGCUCCGCCCCUAUCUGAGCCUGUCACUCAGCCCCGCCCCUCUCUGAGCAUGUCACUCAGCUCCGCCCCUCUCUGAGCCUGUCACUCAGCCCCGCCCCUCUGUGAGCCUGUC